CAAGCUCUGCCUGCUCCUUCUCAGGCUCCUGUGUUAGCUGCAUCCAUGUGCGCCCUGUAUAACUCUGGGUGCAGGGACCUGCCAGGAUCUGGAGAGGAGGAUGAAGAUGAUGACUAUGAGAACACCACACCACCCUACAAGGACCUUCCUCCCAAGCCAGGUUGGAUGGGUCCACCAAGGCCUCCAAGGGCAGGAAAGAAAAUGGAGAAUCCACCACCUCCCUGCAAGCUCCCCAAGAACACAGGCCCGAACAUCACCCCUGUCACCUGCACAACUCCUCAACAGGGCACUGAUCUUACACAUCCUCCAUCUGGGCUGCCUAUAGCUGCAACUUCAGUGCCCAGCAUCAGUCAGAAGCUCGGAAUUCCUAGGUGUUACCAGGAGAGACUGAUGGUGUACCUGUGUCUGCUGGUGGUGGUGUCGCUGCUCAUGGGCUGCACUGGUCUGGUUGUGACCCUGAUUAAAUACCAGGAGGUGGUAGAAGAGCUGAGGAUGUUAACCUUUCAGCAGAUGGCAUUGCGAGCAAAUGUGACUGGCAUGGCAGGGCUAGCUGGCCUGAAGAAGGACAUUGAACGUGUAAGAGCUGACACCAACCAGUCCCUGCUGGAACUUCGGGGCUUAUUAGACUGUACGAGGGUCACCUGCCCUGAGGGCUGGCUCCCUUUUCAGGGUAAGUGUUACUACUUCUCUCCAAGCACCAAGUCAUGGGAGGAAGCCCGGAAGUUCUGCCAGGAGAAUUACUCUCACUUGGUCAUCAUCAGUAACUUUGCUGAGCAGAACUUUGUGGCCAAGGCUCAUGGCUCUCCUCGUGUGUACUGGCUGGGGCUGAAUGACAGAAUCCUUGAAGGGGACUGGCGGUGGCUGGAUGGUUCUCCCAUCACUUUGAGCUUUUGGGACCCAGAGGAACCCAACAACAUCGAUGAGGAGGACUGUGGCAGCAUGAACAAAGGUGGCACCUGGAAUGACCUCUCUUGUGACAAAACUACGUAUUGGAUUUGUGAGCGGAAAUGUUCCUGUUGAACCCCAGAGCUGAGGUUGGGUGGGGGUCUGUACCUGGUGCCCCUCGGAUCUUGGACAUGAGAACUUCCUGCCCUUCUGAGAACUGAUGUGGAUGCGCCCAAGAUGGAACCAGCAGCCUGGAUGUAGCAAUUUCCCUGGUGUGCAAGUCAGACCAUUUCUAGGGAGAGGACUUGGGGGCUCUUUCAGUUGGAUGGUGUCUUAGUCUGUUCAGGCUGCCAUAACAGAAUACUGUGGACAGGAUGGCUUAUAAAUAACACAUUUAUUUCUCAAAGUUCUGGAAGCUGGUAAGCCCAGGAUCAAGGCUCAGGGAGAUUCAAUGUUUACUGACAACCUGCUUCCUGGUUCAUAGAGACUGUCCUUUCAUUGUGUCCUCACGCGCUGGGAGGGGAUGAGAGCUCUCUGGGGUCUCUUUUAUAAAGACACUAAUCCCAUUCAUGAGGGCUCUACCUCCAUGACCUAAUCACCUCCCAAAGGCCCCACCUCUUAAUAGCAUCACAUUGGGGGUUGAGAUUUAACAUAUGUGUUUUUUUUUGGGGGUGGGGUGGGCACAACUCAGUCCAUUGCAGAUGGUGAGCUGGAGGGACACCAGAUCUUAGUGAUGGUCUCCCAGUUCUGGGGUCUGGAGGAAAGUCACCAAACCCUUGAUCAUGGCUCUUAGGAAACAAUACCGACUCUGGGAGCUCCAGGUCUGACACAGAUUGAGCUGGAACUGAAAGUACCCUGGCAUCUCUGGACCAUGAUGUGCUCGGACUGGGAUCCUUUACUGCCUACCUGAUGGGGACCAGCUUCUUGGAUGCAGGCGGGGCAAAAUUAUUCCUGACAUGCAGCUUUUUCGAUGUCCUGGGUGAGGUUUGCCCAAGCUCGGUGGUGGAAUCAGACCUCUGCGAAGACUUAAGCCAUGGAAUUGUAGAAAGGCGGACCAGCUGAACCACCCAGUGUGGCCAGGGCAGGUCACCACUUGGUCAGAUUCUAAGGACAAUGGAGAUAUCUAACCACAUGUGCCUUUAGGCUCUUUGUUGUUCUGUGAAACACUUUGAUGAAGUAAUUCACUUUACUUAUGAGUGGAUCUUCUUGGGCUGUUGGCUCUUGCAAUGUUAGAGCUUCUCAAAAUGGCGGUUCAUUGUGUGGUCCUUGCCCAAGGUGUCAGUUUGCUGGGGCUGCCAUAAUAAAGUGCCAUAAACUGGCUUAAA